CCUCUGGUUGUCAGUCAAAGUGCGAGAAGAGUUUGCGGUUAGGCGUCAGGUGAAACUCGCUCUGGAAGGGAAGAGCGGACAGAUAAAACUUACUUCGUCUGAACUUUCUGGGAAGUUUUUAGUAUACUAUUUAUGAAUUUAUCCACCAAAGAAAACUACUAAUACCAGACACUAACACGUUACAAGAUGAAGAGCCUCAAGUAUCGACUGAAAAAGCACGAAGUCACCAUCACAAACACAGACUGGAACAAGUAUGAUGAUCGGCUGAUGAAGGCUGUGGAACGGAGCGAGGUGGACAAGGUGGCUGCUGUUCUUAGCAAGAAGGGCAUCAUCCCCACCAAGCUCGACGUGGAAGGCCGCUCAGCGUUUCAUUUGGCUGCGACGCGAGGACACCUCGAGUGUCUCAAUCUCAUCCUGGGACACAGUGUUGAUGUCACUGCGACUGAUGCAACAGGUAAAAAUGCUCUCCAUCUGGCCUCAAGAAACGGACAUUCUCUGUGUGUGCAGAAACUCUUGCAGCACAACAGUCCAGUUGGAAAUGUGGACCUACAAGGAAGAACAGCUCUACAUGAUGCUGUAAUGGCUGGCUGCUCCUCCAGUGUGAAACUUCUCUGUGACAGCGGUGCUUCUGUGAAUGCCAGUGAUUUUGAUGGCAGGACACCUCUGGUGCUGGCAACCCAGAUGUGUCAUCCACGUAUCUGUCAGCUGCUGCUGGAGCGAGGGGCCGACAUCACCACCCGAGACAAACAAAACAAGACUGCACUGAUUCUGGGCUGCGAGUACGGCUGUAAGGAUGCAGUGGAGGUGUUGCUGAAGAGUGGCUCUGACGUGAAGGCAGUAGACGGCUUGGGUCACGAUGCAUUUCACUACGCUCGCCUCAACAAGAACCUGGAGCUUGUUGCGAUGGUCAAAACUUACCUCGACAAAGCCACCAGAGAACAACUACCGGCUGAGAAGUUUGACAACAUGAAAAACCUGCUGAGCAACGCAGUUGACGAGAAAGAACGGCAGAUCGCUGAGCUAAGGGAAGACUACGAUCGUGUGCUGGAGGAGGUGGCCGACCUCCACCAAAAGCUGGACAGUCCAUCAUCCCAGGGAGGCUCGGGGGCAAUGUCUGCCGAGGAGCAACAGAGGAUACUGGAGGCUCUCGAAGGGCAGAAUGCUUCAUUGAAAAGGAAACUGGUCGACGUGACUGCCAGAAGCCAGGCUCUGAUUCAGGAUGUCGAGGAGAGCGAGGAGGAGAGGGAUAUACUGCGGGAGCAGCUGGAUGAGCUCAACAGCACGAUUGAGAUCGACUUCAUACCCAUGAAGGUGCACGAUGAAGCUCGGGGGAACAUGGUAACGGCUCUGGAGGAGCUGGAGGACAAACUGGUAGAAGCCAGCGAACGUUACGGAAAAGCAGAGGCGCAAGUCCAGCAGCUUCAAAGCGAGAGGCCCACGCUGCAGGAGAAUAUCAGCAGUCUCCAAAGCGCCAGCGAGAGACGCCUGAGUGAAAUGGACGCUCUGAGGUCUCAGAACGGCGACCUGAUGAAGAAAAUUGAAGUUCUGCAGAGCAGAUGUGAAGACAGAGCUAAAGAGUGUGUACAGCUGACCACGCAGAGCCAGACUCUGAAACAGAGCUUGGAGGGAGAAUAUGUUCCCAGGCAGGAGCACGAGCAAGUGAAGAUGGAGCUAAGUUCCACAUUGGAGAGCGUCAAAGCUGAGAUGUUGAAAUUGGAGACCAAGGGAAAAGAAAGUGCAGAAGAAUUGAAGAAAAUGAAAGAAGGAAACGAUAAGUUAAAAGAAAAGUUGGAAAAAGUCCUGUUGGAGAUGAAAAAAGACUAUAUGAGCGUAAAAGACCACAAAGCUAUCGCAGACGAGUUGAAUGCUGCUGUGGUCGAGGCAGAGAAUAGAGCAAAAGAAGUGUCAGGGAUGUAUGUGUCGGCUCAGGAGGAAACGGUAAAGCUCACCCAAGAACUGGAGGCGCAGAAGAAAGAACUUGACACCAUACAGGAGGCUAUUCAGUCCAAGUUUAUCCCACUGACGGCGGCUGAGGAAAAAGAACACUCUCACAGUGCCAAGGUGAAGGAGUUGACAGUCAAGCUGUUGGAAAUGGAAGAGAAGUAUAACAAGGAAAAGUCUGCCGGGGAGAGCAACAAACAGGAGAAAGAGAAACUAAAAGUAGAGAUUGAAUCUGUUCAGCAGAGACUAGAUAGUGCUGUGGUUGCCAGUGAAAAGCACAAGAAUGUGGAGGAAGAGUUCAAGGGCAAAUUCGAGGAAUUAACUCAGAAGUUGGUGAACUUGGAGCAGUCGCACAAGGAGGUAACGCUUCAGAAAACUGAUCUUCAAGGCCAGAACGCCCUCAGCAACGCUCAGUUCCAGAAUCUCCAGGAGCGUCUGAAAUCAGAGUUGACUCGGAUAGCGACUUACGACACAGAGCUUAAAGCCCUCCAUGACGCCAUGCAGCAAGCACAAGCUGAUUGCAAGAAAGCAAAAGAGACUCAGCAGGAGGAGGCCCUGAGGGUUUGUGCCUUACAGAAAGAAGUUCAGGAACGCCGCGGGGAUCAGGCGUCUCUGCUGCAACAACAGGCCAAGGCCCAGGAUGCCCUGGAGGCCGAGGUGGCUAAGCUUCGAUUGGCUCUCCGCGAAGAGGAGGAGAACAAUGCCCAGAGGGCUGAAGACGUAUCUGCCCUGCAAUCUGAGCUCCUUCAGGCCACACAGGCUCUUGAGGAAAAUCGCUACAAGGAAGACCAAAUGAACCAGCUGAAGAAAGAGAAGCAGCAGCUGGAGGAGGAGGCUGCCACCCUGAGCAGCAAGCUACUGAGUUUAGCAGAGGAGAGUGAAGAGGCCCAUCGGGAGGCAACCCAAGCACAGGUGGAGGAGAGCACGGCGCGCACAGAGAUGGAGGCUGUCCAGGAGAAGGGAUGUGUCAUCGAGAGAGAAAUUCGGGAGCUGAAAGAGAGAUAUGAUGAGUCGCUCCGCACCAUCUGUGAUCUUCAGAGGAGGAUUCAGACAUCAGCUCAGCAGACUGAAGCCAAAGACAGGAAGAUCACAGAGUUGCUGACAGAUGUUGAGCGAUUGAAGCAGGCGCUGAAUGGUCUGUCACAGCUGGCCUACACAAGCAACACGCCCAAUAAGAGACAGACGCAGCACAUCGACACACUCCACGUCCAGAUCAAGAACCUGCAGCAACAGCUGGCUGAUGCUGAGAGGCAACACAGGGAGGUGGUUUCAAUUUAUCGAACUCAUCUUCUCAGUGCAGCACAGGGCCACAUGGAUGAGGACGUCCAGGCCGCCUUACUACAGAUCAUCCGCAUGAGACAGGAGUUUGUGUGUUGAAGCUUCCUCCGACUACACAAAAUGCUGCCUGCUGACUCAAAUUCACCAUUCUCACAUCUCCCUCUGCUGAAUUCCCCUGCUGUGGCCCCUGUGGGUGCCUGUGGUGUGUGUGUGUGUGUGUGUGUGUGUGUGUGUGUGUGUGUGUGUGUGUGUGUGUGUUGUGUGUGUGUGUGUGUGUGUGUGUGUGUGUGUGUGUGUGUGUGUGUGUGUGUGUGUGUGUGUGUGUGUGUGUGUGUGUGUGUGUGCGUGUGUGUGUAUGCGUGCGUGUGUUUGUGCGUGUGUGGGUUUGUCAUCCGGCAAGAUUUCUCCUAAUAGACAAUUAUUUGUAGUAUGGCUGCACUUUGGUUCCCAAAUAUCAAUGUUGUGAAUGAAACUGUAGAUUUUAGAUACAAAUGUUUAAUUUCAACCUUAGUAGAAACUCAAGAAAACCUCAAUUUACUUAAAAAAAAGCUAUUUUAUCCAUUUCUGUAUCCGACUGACCUGUGAAAUCAUUCUUACUUAAUGAUCUACAUAUGUAUGCAGCAAAACGUUUUUACUUCAUCUUACAGUGAAAAUAAGAUUUCAUACAUUUCUGUCAAAUCUUUCAUAAAUGAUGAUGCAAAUCUUUGAUGCCGCUUUUACCCAUUAUAUUCAGUUGUUUAAAAUGUAGGUCCUUUUCAUACAUUACUCACUCUUGAAAUGCUCAGCUGAAAAGUCAAAUGGACAUGAACACAAAGACCACUUUUCACAUUCCCACCCAACAGUCCGCUCUCAUACAGUACACGUAUGUUUUCUUCUUUUACAGCCUUGUUUGCUAGCAUUUGAGAGAUGGGUUAUUCUCCCUCUUCAUACUGGACACUAAAAAAUAAAUAUUGAACCUUUUAAUACAAUACUCACAUGCCCAUAUGUAUAGUGAAGGAGUUUUUGUAAUCUGGCGCUGAAGAGAUCUCUUCCUUACAGGAUUAUAAUGUAAGAUAUAUUCCAAAGUUUAACCAUAGCUAAUAUGAGGCUUCAUUAGUAUGAAUUAGUCAUAGCAAGUGAGUUACUUAUUUUUUAAUACAAAAUUCCCUCUUUGUGUUUCCUUGCUGAGCCGCAGGGACAUGGUUUAAGAAAAAGAGUAGAUUUUGUAGUAAAAUCUCUGUAAUUUUGGAAGUUAGCCUCGUGAUUUGACUGUCUCACAGAGUGGAUGUUGUCCUCCAUCUCUUAUAUUGGAAGAGCAUUAUUAUGGGAUCUCUUCACGUCCAGUGUGGACAGACUAACUCUUAAUGUGGUCAUCUGAGCAUUGUUGUAAGACAGACUUGAAUCAAUGUGAAGCUAUUAUUUAAAGGCACAACAAGUAGGAUUUGUCGGUUGCUGUUUGUAAACGAGGUGAAAGCCAACCCCAGAUUCACUCUCGUUUUGGAACAAGCUUCUUCAGCUUGGUGUUUUGCUAUAUUUUUAUUAUUUUCGGCACUGUGUCCGCCAUUUUUGUAGCUUCCUCUUGGAUGAGUGCUUGCGAUCUGGCACAUGGUCGCUACCUUUUCAUAGGUUGGCGACCAGAAACGUCCUAAACACAGCAAAAUAGAAAAAAUACAUGCAGACGUCCGCAGACUUCUAGUGGGUCAUAAAUAAUGAUCUAUAGAUUGCUUCUUAUGAAAAUCCUACUCAUUGUGCCUUUAACCUUGUUCAUGUCCGCUUCUUUCUUGAGACGUUUGAGUGUCUCUUUACUCAUUUUGUGGCGCAGUUAUCAUCUCCCGGAGGUCCAAACUAGCACACGUGUUUUCAGAAUAAAACGAAAACCUGAAGAGGGUUAAAAAAUCCAAAUCUAAAACUACUUGCCAUUUUGGUAUAUGGUAAAUAUAGUAAUGUGACAGAUUUGGGAGUCGUGUAACUCACGCAGUCUGCUUACAUCAGUCUGGACACGCUUGUUGCUGGAUUUGAGUCACGGAGGGAGAGGAGUGGAGAUCUCUUGCUGUGUCCUACAGUUUGCAGUGGCACGUUGUCCUUUUGUUGAAACCAGAGUGUCCUCUAGUGGAGAGACUUGGCAGGCCAAGUUGGUAGAAAUUGUAAUAAUCAGUGUGGCCCAGGGGUAGGCAGUUGUUGUUUUUGGAAGCUGUAAUAUCUACAACACUUUGGGAAAUGUAUUUUACAUCUCACAGAUAGCUGAUAGAAUUUGAAAUGUGAAUGUAAAACUAAAUUUACAGAGUUCAAUUUACUAAUAGCUGUUGUUUUGCAUGACUACAUUCAAACAGAAAAUGUCCCAGCUGAAGUUUGACUUCAUAUAAAACCAGAUUUCUCUGCUAGAGCAAGUUCUGCGUACCCCUGAGCCAGUUCCUUGUGACUCUUGAUGGUGUCGUGUAGUGGUGUUGUGAUUGUUGAGCGAGUCUCAUGCCUUUACACUGAUAUAUUUUUCAUAGCUUUGUACUACUUUGAUUACUGUACUACAGUGUGACAAUUCUGAUAUUCAGCAGGUCUGGAAGUAGAACGGCACAAAACACAUUCAGGGUAACAUUUACUGUAGGACGCCAUGUGAUAAGAAGAGAACGGAUCCCUUUAUUUAUGUGGAUAAACAAACACCUUAACCAUUAGUGUUUUCAAGCACUCCUGUCUUUAACAUUAUCAGCUAACACACUUUACCAUGUAAAAGUUCUCACUCUUUUUAUAUAUAUUUUGGCCAAAAAACUCUUUACACCAACAGAUAGUUUAGAAAAUACCUCUUGCAUUUUGUUAUGCAGAUGUUAGCAUUAACACUUAUUGUCUUCCCUCUACUGUUAACAAAGACUAUUUCAAUUGAAUCCAGUUAAAUCUCUCAAUAAAUGCACUGUAUACCAAUCUGUUUAAAUUGGUUGAUGACUUUGACAAUGUUUGUGUUUGUGAAUCAGUAAUACAAAAUCAAUAAAAGUGCCUAACAUAGAAAACUA